AUGAGGGCAGAGGUGGACAAGCUAACUAGCAUUGGAUUUAUCAAGGAGGUGGACUAUCCCACCUGGCUGGCCAAUGUGGUGAUGGAGCUUCGUUCUGAUCUUGUCGCCUUCCUUCACCUUAAUUCUGAGGUCUUCGCCUGGUCGUACAAUGACAUGCCUGGCAUAUCACCUGAGAUCAUAUCCCACCGGCUAAGCAUUAAUCCUGCCGUUCGACCCAUUCGGCAGAAGCGUCGUGCUUAUGACCCAGAGCGAUAUGAGGCCAUGAGGGCAAAGGUGGACAAGCUAACUAGCAUUGGAUUUAUCAAGGAGGUGGACUAUCCCACCUGGCUGGCCAAUGUGGUGAUGGUUCGAAAGGGCACAAAGGGCUGGCGCAUGUGUGUAGACUACACCAACCUCAAUCGGGCCUGCCCGAAAGAUAGCUUCCCCCUACCCCGCAUCGACCAGUUAGUUGAUGCCACAGUUGGCCACGCCCUUCUCAGCUUCAUGGAUGCUUACUCUGGGUACAACCUGAUUUUCAUGCAUCCUGAGGACCAAACCCACACCUCCUUCAUCACGGAUCGUGGCCUUUACUGCUACAAAGUCAUGCCCUUCGGCCUCAAGAAUGCCGGGGCCACAUAUCAGCGUCUGGUGAACAGCAUCCUCGCUCCCCUAAUUGGCAACACCAUGGAGGUUUAUGUUGAUGACAUGCUCGUCAAGAGUCGCACUACUGACCAGCACAUCCCCAACCUCUCAGCCAUGUUCACCAUUCUGAAGCAGUAUAAGAUGAGGCUCAACCCCACCAAGUGUGCAUUUGGGGUGGCUUCAGGCAAAUUCCUUGUCUUCAUGAUCAGCCAGAGGGGUAUUGAGGCCAAUCCAGAGAAGAUCAAGGCCAUAUUAGACAUGGCAAUACCCAAGACGAUCAAGGACAUCCAGAGCCUUACCGGGCGUGUCGCAGCCCUGACCAGAUUCGUCUCCAAGGCCACUGAUCGUUGCGCCCCCUUCUUCAAGGCACUUAAGGGUAGUAAGCGGAGUAUUACCUGGACCACUGAGUGCGACAAAGCUUUCAACGAGCUGAAGGCGUAUAUGAGCCGGGCCCCCUUAUUGUCAACACCUGAGUCUGGAGACAUCCUCAUGAUCUAUCUCUCCGUCUCGGCUACAGCGGUCUGUUCUGUGCUCAUCCAGACAAAGAACGGUGCCGAGCACCCGGUGCAUUACGUCAGCAAAGCGUUACAGGACGCCGAGGUUCGGUACCCGGACAUCGAGAAAUUGGCAUUCGCCCUGGUGGUUUCGGCUUGGCGCCUCAGGCCGUACUUUCAGGCUCAUACCAUUCAUGUCUUAACCAAUCAACCACUUCGGCAAGUGUUGCAGAAGCCGGAGACUUCUGGGAGGCUAGUCAAGUGGGCCAUGGAGCUUGGCGAAUUUGAUAUCCACUACAAACCCCGCCCAGCCUUGAAAGGCCAGGCCGUGGCUGACUUUAUAUCUGAAUUCAUCGAACCCCAUGCCGUGGCCAGUCCACAGAUUACGAUGGAGCCCACUCCUACCCUGAGCCAGGUCCACGUCGCCAGCAACGGCACCCUAGACUUGACACAGUCCUUAUGGACUUUGUAUGUGGAUGGCUCUUCCAACGCCCAGGGAUGCGGAGCUGGCCUUGUUCUCAUCUCUCCGGACAGGGCUAUCCUGGAGUACGCCCUUCGCUUCCAAUUCCACGCCUCCAACAAUGAGGCCGAAUAA